GUUCUUAUAGUCAGUGCAUCAAGAUGGACAUUGACAGGAUAACUUUUCGCGAAUCUCUCCAUUUUAUCAAUAUCAUCUACUCUACAUUGGGUUAUCGUCCUUUGAAUGAAUUCAGCUAUGGCCCAUGGUUGACAAGGAUGAAGAACAAUUGGAUCUUCUUUGUUGUCUACAUAUGGGGUAUACUGGUGGCUCUUGGUAUUGGAUAUUUCUUAGUUUUUGCAAUGAAUAUUUGGGAAUUUCUUUCACAUGGACUCGUUACGAACUACUUCAUAGUUGCCAUGCUUAAAUUGCUCAUUAUUGUGAUCAAUCGCAAUGGAAUUGCAGAAAUAAUUCAACAAUUUGAGAUGUUAUGGCCUAAAAAAGUGAAUUCAGCCAUUCAAAAGGAAACUGUGGAAAACUACAUGAUUACCAAUACAAAAUGGAUGUCUUUCUAUGCCAACCUCUCUGUAACAUGUUUCCUUUUCACCAAUACAAACCCCAUUAUUCUUUUGAUCUAUGAAAAACUAAUGGGUGAGGAUGCUAAAUUAACGCAACCAUUUCACGCGUGGCUACCAUUUGAUCAAGAGACACCCCUCGUAUACCCCUUUGUCUACGUUUACCUCUUCUACGGCUCCCACGUGGCCAGUGCUUCGCAAAUUUGCUACGAUUCCCUCUUCUGUAUGCUCCUUUCGCACCUCAGUAUGCAAUACAAACUCCUUGGGGAUGAUUUGAAGGAGGUUGUGCACGUUGGUGAGAAUAUUCAGGAUGUGAAUGUUGCUGAGAGUGAACAACGUAUAAUCGAAUGCAUUAAGAGACAUCAAAUGCUCAUGGAAAUUCGUGAUAAGAUUUCUUUCAUCUUCACCGAUAUUAUUUUCAUUAAUUUCAUCACCAGCACCUUCAACAUCUGCAUCAUUGGAUUUCUCUUAAUUACACAAGGUGGACUUGGGAGGAUUAGACUCUUCUUAAUGCUGAUGACUCUUAUAACACAAAUCUUUCUUCUUUGCUGGUUUGGACAAGAACUCGUUGAGAAUAGUAGGGCCGUUAGUGAUGCUGCGUAUGAAUGCAAAUGGUACGCUUCGUCGCAAAAAUUUCGUAAGAUAAUUCUCUACUUAAUUCAUCACUCUCAAGUGCCUCAAAUGCUCGUUGCAUGGAAGUUUUGGGAUAUCAGUAUUGCCAGCUUUACAAGCCUAAUUAGUGCUGCUUGGUCCUACUUUGCCCUCCUAAACACCAUUUAUGGAGACAUGGAUAUAAAUCCCGAAGGUGGACUAUUGUCGUAAAUUUGCAAAAUACUCCAAAAUAUGGAAUAUUUUGCAUAAAAAUAUUUUCAAAUGAUGGCACCAAGGAAAUAUUAUUGCAGCAAUUUCACGGAAAUUCUCAGUAAUUUGUAUUGCUAUUGUUACACGCUUCACUAACCCCAAAUUACUAAUCAGAACGCUUUAGUAUUAUGCAAAUUACCAAUACAGGAUAUUGCUACAUUGUUUCCGAUAUGGUGGUGAGCGCUAUUAUUGUUAUCAGACCAAUAGAUGAUUAUCAUGGAAUGUAUUUUAUGUAUAUGUAAUUACAAAAUUACAAUUUAGCGUUAUAGGUAAAGUAGAGUAGAGUAUUCUUACUCUAGUAAUUAAUUUUAAUUAUAAUGUAAAGCACAGACCUUGAAUAAAUAGUGGUAGCAGCACUAAAA